AUGGCCGCAAAGAUCGUCGUCGUCGGUGACGUCAAUGGGCAGUUUAAGACUGUCUUCCAGAAGCUGGGCGCAUUGCACGCGAAGAACAACUUUGCCUGUGCCCUCGUCGUAGGCAACUUGUUCGCGCCCCCGCUCGACGAUGAUGAGAGUGCGGAUGCAGGCGACGUGCAGUCGCUCAUAAAUGGCCAUGUCGACGUGCCAUUGCCGACCUACUUUGCGCUUGGCAGCAGCCCACUCCCCCCAGCAGUGGUUCAAAAGUUGGAAUCUUCGAGUGAUGAGCUGUGCCAUAAUCUCUUCUUUCUUGGCAAGCGAACGACUAUGAAAACGUCUGAAGGCGUCCGCAUUGUAGCGCUGGGCGGCCGGCUUGAUCCCAACAUCGUUGCUGGCCAGUCCAAGGACAAGUACCCUCCCUUUUACAGCGAGACAGAUGCAAAGAUAUUGCGAGGAGCAUCGACAGCCGAUAUCCUCAUCACCACUGAAUGGCCAGAAGACAUUCGGAAGCGCUCCAAGGUCGACUUCAACUCCGAUGUACAGCCGACAAGUCAGCAAUGCAUCGCCGACUUGGACGUGAUACUAAAGCCCAAGUAUCACUUCUCCACAUCUGGAGGCACUUUCUACGAGCGGGAACCAUUCUUCCAUGCGCCCAGUGAGGAAACCGACAACCUCUAUCCGGUAACCCGAUUCAUCAGCUUGGCUUCGUUUGGCAACCCCAACAAGCAAAAGUGGAUUUAUGCAUUUUCUCUCGAUCCUUCAGCGAGCCAUCCAGUCUCGCCGCCAGCUGGGUCGACUGCUUGCCCUGUGGCCCUCUCUGAGAAAAAGCGAGCUGCGCCCGAGCAUCCCGAACAGCACCUGGUCUACGAUGAUGGAAACCGGGGUCGAAGGGGCAACAAGAGGCGGAGGGGUGAGCCUCGAGGACCCAUCACUGCAUCCGAGUGCUUCUUCUGCCUGGCCAACGAGAACAUUGCGACGCAUUUGAUAGCCUCGAUUGGCGAAAACUCGUACUUGACGACUGCAAAAGGCCCUCUUCCAACCCCACAAACCUUUCCCAAGCUCGGCUUCCCUUGCCACAUGCUCAUCAUUCCAUUCACGCACCAGCCGACAUUGGGGUCAAUGGAAGAGGAGGAGCGUCAUGCGACAUACGCAGAGAUGCAGCGAUAUCGGCGCGCAAUGAAUAGCAUGCUCAAAUCUGUAGCAGACACCGACUAUGGCUCCGUCACCUGGGAAGUCAGCAAAUCGAGCUUGCCGCAUACACAUUGGCAAUAUCUCCCCGUCAGCGCCGACCUCAUCAGCAAAGGACUGGUCGAGGCCGCGUUCAAGGCAUUAGCAGAUAAUUUGCACUGGCCCAAAUUCCAGAAAGAGGAUGUUGGUGACGGAUUUGAAGAAACGAGCGACUUCUUCAGGGUCUUGGUAUGGGAUCCAAAAGACGACCCCGACAAGCAGACGAGCUACAUUAUGCGUUUCGACGAGAAGAUACGGUUUCACAACCAGUUUGGGCGAGAAGUGCUCGCAAAGCUUCUCAGGCUCGACCGACGCGUCGACUGGAAGGAUUGCGGGCAAACGCAGCCCCAGGAAGAACAGGACGUUGAAAAGUUCAAGGAGGCUUUCAAGGAGUUCGACUUCGCCGCAUAA